GCGACCUGCAGCGCACAAAAGGUUCAGUUCACACAGUCGGUGUUGGCGAGAGAGUGGGAGGUUGUUCUCAGCUCGUUGUGCACCGCAAAAAGCAAUUCUGACGAGAUGUCUGGACGUGGAAAAGGAGGCAAAGGCCUAGGAAAAGGAGGAGCAAAGCGCCACCGUAAAGUCUUGCGGGAUAAUAUCCAGGGAAUUACCAAGCCAGCUAUUCGCCGACUGGCUCGCCGUGGAGGAGUAAAGAGAAUCUCCGGUCUGAUCUACGAGGAGACCCGAGGCGUCCUCAAAGUGUUCCUGGAGAACGUGAUCCGCGACGCCGUCACCUACACCGAGCAUGCCAAGCGGAAAACAGUCACUGCCAUGGAUGUGGUGUACGCGCUGAAGAGGCAGGGCCGUACUCUCUACGGCUUCGGCGGUUAGAGGGCACUCCCAAUCGAGGCGGACUUUGCUAUUUUAUUUUCAUUUAUCCAAGUAGAGUUCGGCUUCCUUUGCGCUGCGAGUCCGUCUUCGAGUGUUCCUGUCUUUGUCUGGUGCAGCGGGCCAAUAGGAUUCAGUCGCUCAGCCACCCCUCAUUUGCAUACCGGCUUCCAUAAAACCUCCUGCGUCGCGGUCGCCUCUUUGUGUCUGCGCUCGGCGGAGCCGCCGUGCCGCCGGAAACACCCCGCAAGGGGCCGAAGCUAUCCGCCGCCUCCUGGCACUGCUGGGUGAGCUCGGCGGGCCAGGCAUCGCUUCACACACAGUUUCGGGACUUGACUGGCUGAGAUCUCGCCGCGGUUUGGACUUUCCAUCAUGGAGCGUGGUUAUCUUGCUUUCAUCGAAACAUGUUUCCGGAGAGGCGGCAGGACCUUUCCUGGCUCGGUCUGGGUUCCUGCAUCACCCACCGCAGACUGGUCUGAAGUGACUGCCUUCGCUAUCAUUUAUGUUGAAUUCAUGCUGCUUCGUUUCCUGAGAGAGGGAAAGCAUUUUUGUUUGUGUGAUGGUCGCGGGUAUUUUCUGAUAUGUAGCUUAUGAAAGUAAACUAGGGCUAGCUUUUAACGAUCAUUUAUCUUGUCUGGGUUUUGGGGGCUUUAUUUUUUUAUUGUUGCAUUAAAGCUUGUGUUUUCGUGUU